AUGUCUAAUCAAGACAUUCACCCAAACAACUACAGUGAACUGAGUAGUAUCUUCAAAGACUACAUAAAUUUAUAUAAUACAUUGUAUCAACUGAAAACGGAAAAUGAAGAAGAAUUAAACUCGAUUUACAAAAUGAUCAAAACCAAAUUUAUUGAUUCAAUGAAAUAUCGCACUAAAACUAUUAUAAAAGACAUUUCAAAUAUCAUCCAAUAUAAUAAUCGCUAUGCAAAGUCAUAUUUAUCUCUUAUUAAACACAUAUCUGAUGAUUAUCAUGUCAAAGAGGUCAGCAAUAUCAGACGUAUUUUAAACUCCCUGUUUUAUAAAGAAUAUGCAAUUAAAUUAGACAAUUCUUAUGAUAUGGAAGAAUUGUGCUCAGAAAACCUUGAAAUUCAUACAGAAAAUACAAUUUACAGAGCGAUUAUGAAAAAUAACUUAGAAAGAUUCAUCCAAUUCACAGAAUUAGAUGGAUUUGAUAAAAAUCAAACACUUAAAAGUGAAAUAUAUCCAUAUUAUCAUAAAGGAUAUUCAUUACUUGAAAUAUGUUGUUAUCAUGGAUCUGUUGAUUGUUUUAAGUUAUUAAGAACGAAAUUCAACUCAGAAAUUACUCAAAAAUGCCUAGAAUUUUCAUUUUUAGGAGGAAAUCCAGAGAUCAUCAGUGAAUGCUUGAAAUAUCUAACACCAAAAGAAUAUUACAUGAAAUGUGCAAUUAUUUCACACAACAUUGAUUUUGUUACAUUCUUAAUGAAUGAAUACAACAUAGAGAUCGAUUUAAAUUAUUGCUGA